AUGUCUACUUACUCCAAUGUGAUGAUCAAGCAACUUGCUCCUGGAAAGAUACAGGAUGCUUUAAAAGUGCGUAUUGCUGUCUUUGUGGAAGAACAGAAAUAUGCUAUGGAAGACGAAAUCGAUGAUCAAGAUAAUAUCUCGCUUCAUUGGGUUGCUUAUGCCGAUAAACAGAACCCAGAUGGGACAAUGGAGCAUGAUGUUCCUGUAGGUACCAUUCGCUUGAUUCCUAAGCCCGAUCAACUUGCCAAAUUGGGUCGAUUAGCAGUGUUAUCGGAUGCUCGCGGUCUUUACAUUGGCCAAAAGCUUGUUGCGCAUUUCAUUCAACACUGUCAAGAAAAUCAAUUUAAAGAUAUUGUGCUGCAUGCACAAUAUCCUCGUCGUGGAUUCUAUCAAAAGCUUGGAUUUGUGAUUGAUGAAGGAUCAGAAACAUUUUUGGAAGAUGGUACACCGCAUAUCUGUAUGCAUAUGCGUAACAUUUAG